AUAUUCCUUUCAAACAUUCCAUUCAAUGAAACUAUUUGUCAAAUUAAUGGUUACAAAUUCCGCAUCCUAAACUGUGCGUACGGCAGUAAUUUCAAUUCAAAUUAUAUCAAAUUUUAAGUUUAUGGCAGUUGGUCAUAGAAUGUAAAAUGCAUUUUUAACAUUUGAGUUUGACGGUGCUUAAUUUUUCAAUAACAAUGAGCAAAUACAAUAAAAUUGAGACAGAAUCAGGAUAUCCUUGUUAUAUUGACAAUACAAAUAAUCAACAUUAUUAUGACCAUCCUCAUUUCCGUAUUAUUCUAAAAUCUUUGGAAAAAUAUAACGAAAUUAAAUACAGCGCUUAUCGAACAGCGUUUAAAAUUUAUGAAUUACAAAAACAUCUUAAAGUGCCACCACUUCGAAUUACUUCAGGAGUAUUUGCUAGACAUCAAUUGAGUCUCUCGGAGAGCAGUCUGUCAUUAGACCCAACGGAGUUGGAGGCUGUUCUUGCUGAUAUAUAUUUUGCAGCUGAAAAGGAAGGUGCCUUUUCCGGUGAUAUAGACCUGACUGUAGAUUUGAUGAUCAAUUUGUUACUAAAUGUAUAUGAUGAGCAUAGAACAACACCAAUAAGAGUGUUGGCAGUAAAAAGUCUACUAAUACUGUUGAGUGAGGAGACUGUGUUAGAGAAAUGGCAAUCAUUGGCCAACUGCUGUGCUGACCACAAUGGUUGUGUGUCUCCGCGGAGACUGGCUGCAUUACUGACCUACAUUAAUGCCCUGCCUAGAUAUUUAGGUAUAAACUGUGAUCAAAUACAGACUGAUGUAGAUGCUUGCUUUGAUAAGAGUGCUGGUAUGCUGGGAAUCAGUUCUCGAGCAGUAGCCGAGUGGGGUGUACAGAAUAGUGCCAGCGCUAGAUGGCUGCCGGUGCUGCAGAGGAUCCUGAUAAGAAGAGGAGCGUCUGUUUCUGCAGGAAGUUGCUCAGCUUGUAAUCAGCUACUUGCACAGGUAUUACACUUCAAGUGUUCAAAGUGCCGCAGUGUAUAUUUCUGUGAGAACUGUUAUUUAUAUGACAAAAAUAUAACACUGGUAUCUGGACACAAGAGGACACAUCUGGUGCAUGAAAUUAUUGACGAUGAGGUGAAUUCACCUGAAUGUCUAAGCUUUGUUAGCGGAAUGAAGCGUUUCUUUUGUACAUCGACAAGAAAGAAAAAAACAUCGAAAAAAGAAGCUAAGAAGCAAUCUGAUAAACAGAAACAAUCCGAUAAGACAGUAUCAGUUCGGAGGAAAGGGAAACCAUCUAUUUUCACAUCUACAGUCGGUAAAGCUUCUGGCAAUAAUAAUACUGAUCCAACUUCAACAUUACAAGAUAUUAUUAAUCAAUUGGAAGGACGAAAUAUAGCAUUGAAAGAGUUGUUGCAAAAUACUAAGAAUCCUGAAGAUGAUUUAAAAGAAAAAGUAGACUCGCACUAUUCUAUGAUAUCAGCACAAAUAGACAGACUGAAAGCCUUAAAGGAAAACUUAACCCAAGCUGAUAUACAAGAGGGAAAGACUGAUAAAGCUGGUCGACCUCAAGCAUUUGAUCUCUUCAGUCCGAUACCGGUAGUGGAUGAGAAGCAGUCCAGGAUACCUGAGAAUGCUCAGCCUAGAGUACUAAGUAUGGACUCUGGGAACUUCUCUGUGGUGUCCAAGGGUGAUGCCCCGAGGAUGACCAUGUCAGGAGAUGAACUGAAACCGGUGCUGGUGCAUGCUACUUCGGAUAGUAUUUCUGCUGUCUCUGUUGGUGAUGUCAGUAAUUGGUAUAAUGGUAAGUAUAUAGAACUUUUUUAUGUAUAUUGUUGGUUUUAUUUGUGGAAUUCUGGUCUUUUGUCGGUGUUGGACAGACUGCAGCAGAUAUUGACUAAUAACUUCGCGACGGAUGACUCGUGUUUCGAUAACACUCAACUGCGCGAAACUGCUAACGAAAUGGAGGGACUGCUCGGCACUCUCAUACGCGGCGUCGAACAGAGAGCGACUCUCAACGCCACCAAGGGACUCGUAUAAUAAUGUAUAAUACUCUCUUUUAUGCGUCACCAGGGGAGGGGACUAUCCCUUCCCUGGGAUGGAGGGAUGGUCCCCUCCCCUGGUGAAUGUAAAAUAUUUUUAAAUGAAAAUUUAUGUAUAUCAACGAAAAAUGUAAAAACUACUUCGAAUACUAUAUUACCAGUUCCCUCCCCUAGACCUAGUCUAGAUUGACUGGCGACGUCUAAUUCUAUUACCAAACUUUGUUCGUAAUUAAACUUUGUAUUAAAAUAUUCAUAUAUAUUGCCAGCUCUAAACUUUACUCAUAUCGCUGCCCAGAACAUAGAGGUAGAGGGAAUGACGCUGGGCAGAGCGGAUUACCUUGAGCUGCUAAGAUAUUUGAAAUGUGUAACGAAUCGAUAACUCAGUUUUAACAUUAAUUUUGACAGAAUAUAUAUGGACAUUGACUUUUUCUCAAAUAAUAAGUUAUUUAAUGGAAUGGAUGAAUUCUGUAGUGACUUUUGUUAAAAAAAUGUUUUUUUUUUUUUGGAACAGUGGAUAUUACUUGUAAUACUUUCAACUUCAUAGUUUGUAAGAAAAUAAAAUGUGUUAAUAAAAAAACAUGUAAUGUAUAUUUUUAAAAUACAGUAAAAUCUCAUUUAAGAUCUCUUUAUGAAACAAAAAAACAUUUUUGUUUUAAUUGACCUUUUAACCUUGCUCAAUGAAGUCUCAAAUUAUUUUUUUUAACUA